CUGUAUAUUUAGAAACAAUGUGCGAUCAACCAGAACACAAACGUAAAAUCCCCCCCUGACGGGUUCUGGUAAAGACAGAGUGUCAAGCGAUGAAGCAGAACUGCAGAAGCUCGACUCUGCGCAUGAUUAACCCUCGCUAUUAAUAAAGAGAAAGAAAUCACACAGGCCAAGUCAGUGUGGUGGAAGUGCUCUCAGAAGACUGUGGAUUUACUCUGGUUCUUCACUGUUAGCAGUACACGAUGGCACAGGAGAAUAUUUAUGGGAAUAUUUCGACCUUUCAACAUCAAAUGCAAAGGAUUAGACAAGAGAACGGUUUCUCAGCAGGAGUGGAUGAUGAUGAUGAUGAAGCCGACUAUGAAAAUAUUGAAGAUUCUAUUGAACGGAAGGAGGAAAGAACAAACCGAACGGAAGCAUUCAAAGAGGAAGUGAAAGCACAGGCAGCCACAACUCACAAUGUCUGCGGAACCAAAUCGAUUGUGUUUCUCUACGUUCUGCUGAUCGCUAGCUCUGUGAUGUGGGCGGCUCUGCUCUCCUUGCUGUUUGUGAAAUGCACUGCAGAAAUACAAACCCUGAAAACUCUCCUGACAGAAAAAGAUUCUCAAAUGAGGGCAAAUUUUGAGAAUUACGUUUCUAAUGGCACUGCAGAAAUACAAACCCUGAAAACUCUCCUGACAGAAAAAGAUUCUCAAAUCGUGGCAAAGUUUGAGAAUUACAUUUCUAAAGAUUCUCAGAUCAUUGAAAAUGUUACAAAACUGGAAAAAUAUGUUUAUAAAGUGUGUGCCAAUACCUGCAGUGGUAGCUGGAACUUGUUCAAUGGGGCCUUCUACUACUUUUCCAAGGAGAACAAGGGCUGGAAAGAAGCACGCACAUUCUGUCAAUCCCAAAACUCAGACCUUGCAGUGAUCAACAGCGACGAAGAGCUGAAAUAUCUACAGGACAAAGGACCCGCAAAAGAACUGUGGCUUGGACUGAGUGAUUCAGAUAACGAAGGCACCUGGAAGUGGCUGGGUGGACGUGUGGUUGAGAAGAGAUUGUGGCAUAAAGGAGAACCAAACAACUAUCAAGACAAUGAAGACUGUGGGCUGCUGAGCAAUGGCCUGCUAAAUGACUUAAUGUGUGAAGCAAAAGUGCACUGGAUUUGUGAAAAGCGACUUUGAAAUCCUCUCUGCUUUAUUUUUCACAAUACCUUUUUAAAUCAUCCAGGAUCGUGCACGUUGAAAUUGUUCUGUUAUUUUAUGCUUGUAUGAUUUUGUAUUCCUGUUUUCAUGUUUGCUGUUAGUGUUUCUGUCCUGUUUGAAUGAUUUAUUGAUUUUUGUAAAGUGUUAUUUCUCUUGCCAGGACCCCCUUGACACUGAGAUGUAUAUCUCAAGGGCUCUGUCCUGCUUAAAUAAAUACCAUUUUAAUAACUUCACUAUAAUGAACCCUAACGAACACACGUUUUUAACUAUCCCAACAGCAAGAACCAAUUUUUUUCAAUGCAAAUUAGCCCUAUUAGAAUGCUCAAGUACAGGAUCGACCCGGAUACAAUGAUCUCAGUACUGACUGACACCGAACUCUCUCCAGUGUCAAGUGUGUUACAGUGAAAACAAACACCAUGGUUGACUAAUUCAAAGGUAAAGCUAAUUCAAAGAUGACCUAUUGUAGUACGAAUCAUGCAUGACGAAUGCAAUCGUUGCCUGUCCGUCAUCUUCACACAAACUGCAAGCAGGCAACGGGCAUGAGGAGCAAUCUACGCUGGAUAGUUUUUUCAAGAGAAAGGGCAUGUAAUUACUGUAUUCAGCAUGUAAGUGUACAUUCUUUCCUUUUUCAUUUCUUUACUGUUUUCUCUUAAAUAUACCACAGGGGGAUUAGUGUGGGUGUAAUUUAUAUGUGGAAACGGGUUUGUUUUGUGUGCUUUUUGGAGUUGUGAUGUUUCAUCAAAUGAUUGUUUACAGACGGGCGCUCGAUUGAGACUUGCUGCCUGCCUGUCUUCUGCGUGUGUCCUCUGUGCGUUACCAUCGUUGGUAGCGUCACAUGACCCGUUUGUUUCCUUUCUGUUUUCUGUUUAAUAAAUCCUGCUCGCCUGUGUCGGCGUUUCAACUCCAACUCCCAUGUCACUCUGUCUUGCAAUGCGGUUACCCACACAUGUGACACGAGUACCUUAUCACAAUACCGU